AUGGAUGGACGCUUCUCCCUCUCUGUCACGGAUGCCAUGGUUGCCCUUAGUUUGAAGAUGUAAUCCGGAGACAGGUGUUUUAUACAACAUCCUUCUUUGUGUUCUCUUUUCGACUACCUCUGCAUAUUUGCAAUCAAAUGCCAGAAUUUUCUCCAUCUCCUUAGCUAUCAUACUCUAAUUCCACCGGGCAUUCCACUGAUUUCAAAAUUCGGUCCUCCAGAAAGUGGAGAGCAACACUUAAAAAGCUGCGUUAGAAAGGAUUACCUACACAUCCUGACAAGCUCAUGUUAUAGACCUAAGCGUGCUACAUGGCAGACCAAUCCGAACUCAUCUAUUGGCAUGUCCAGCUGAUCCAUUAUCUCAGCCAAUAAAAUAAAAUAAAAUAAAAUAAAAUCAUAUGUGCCGAAUACAACAGGUGUAGACCUUACCAUGAAAUGCUUACUUACAAGCCCUUAACCAACAAUGCAGUUCAAGAAAUAUAGUUAAGAAAAUAUUUGCUAAAUAAACUAAAGUAAAAAAUAUAAUAAUCAUGGCUAGCAGGAAGGUUCCUGUCUUUUCCUGUCUUUUUCCGUGGCUAAACCAAUUAGGCUCGAAAUUUAACAAUUGUAUUUGUAUUUACAAAUGGCAUGGAAGUUAUUGUUAUUAAAGCACAUGAAAGUUCACAUGUUCCAGAAGGCAUUUCCGCCAAAUAACGCAUUUCCUGAAACGAGUCCUAUAUGGUCACUGUCCAGGGCUGAAUCUCUGUUCCUUAUGGAGCAACAUGAAAGCAUGUUUUGUCAGCUGAAUUUCCUGGUAUGGAAUCCUUCCCUUCCACCACAUAUUUACUGUAAACUGUCCUCUCUUCCUCCCAGGGGCCAGAGAUCCAGUUCCUUAUGGCUCUGUAUGAUGAGAACCUCCAGAAGAACCCUUUUUAUCUGGCGCUGGAGAAGCAGCGACCCGACCUGUGCAGCAGAGUGGCAGAGCUCCAUGGCAUUGUGAGUGACUGACAGCUAUGGCUGUGGGCCCAUAUAGAGCUCAGCUCAGCCCUUUACAUUGUGUAUGUACAGUGGGGAGAACAACUAUUUGAUACACUGCCGAUUUUGCAGGUUUUCCUACUUACAAAACAUGUAGAGGUCCGUAAUUUUUAUCAUAGGUACACUUCAACUGUGAGAGACGGAAUCUAAAACAAAAAUCCAGAAAAUCAGAUUGUAUGAUUUUUAAGUAAUUAAUUUGCAUUUUAUUGCAUGACAUAAGUAUUUGAUCACCUACCAACCAGUAAGAAUUCUGGCUCUCACAGACCUGUUCGUUUUUCUUUAAGAAGCCCUCCUGUUCUCCACUCAUGACCUGUAUUAACUGCACCUGUUUGAACUCGUUACCUGUAUAAAAGACACCUGUCCACACACUCAAUCAAACAGACUCCAACCUCUCCACAAUGGCCAAGACCAGAGAGCUGUGUAAGGACAUCAGGGAUAAAAUUGUAGACCUGCACAAGGCUGGGAUGGGCUACAGGACAAUAGGCAAGCAGCUUGGUGAGAAGGCAACAACUGUUGGCACAAUUAUUAGAAAAUGGAAGAAGUUCAAGAUGACGGUCAAUCACCCUCGGUCUGGGGCUCUAUGCAAGAUCUCACCUCGUGGGGCAUCAAUGAUCAUGAGGAAGGUGAGGGAUCAGCCCAGAACUACACGGCAGGACCUGGUCAAUGACCUGAAGAGAGCUGGGACCACAGUCUCAAAGAAAACCAUUAGUAACACACUAUGCCGUCAUGGAUUAAAAUCCUGCAGCGCACGCAAGGUCCCCCUGCUCAAGCCAGCGCAUGUCCAGGCCCGUCUGAAGUUUGCCAAUGACCAUCUGGAUGAUCCAGAGGAGGAAUGGGAGAAGGUCAUGUGGUCUGAUGAGACAAAAAUAGAGCUUUUUGGUCUAAACUCCACUCGCUGUGUUUGGAGGAAGAAGAAGGAUGAGUAUAACCCCAAGAACACCAUCCCAACCGUGAAGCAUGGAGGUGGAAACAUAAUUAUUUGGGGAUGCUUUUCUGCAAACGGGACAGGACGACUGCACCGUAUUGAUGGGAGGAUGGAUGGGGCCAUGUAUCGCGAGAUCUUGGCCAACAACCUCCUUCCCUCAGUAAGAGCAUUGAAGAUGGGUCGGGGCUGGGUCUUCCCCCAGACCUGAACCCAAUAGAAAAUCUUUGGAGGGAGCUGAAAGUCCUUAUUGCCCAGCGACAGCCCCGAAACCUGAAGGAUCUGGAGAAGGUCUGUAUGGAGGAGUGGGCCAAAAUCCCUGCUGCAGUGUGCGCAAACCUGGUCAAGACCUACAGGAAACGUAUGAUCUCUGUAAUUGCAAACAAAGGUUUCUGUACCAAAUAUUAAGUUCUGCUUUUCUGAUGUAUCAAAUACAUAUGUCAUGCAAUAAAAUGCAAAUUAAUUACUUAAAAGUCAUACAAUGUGAUUUUCUGGAUUUUUGAUUCCGUCUCUCACAGUUGAAGUGUACCUAUGAUCAAAAUUACAGACCUCUACAUGCUUUGUAAGUAGGAAAACCUGCAAAAUCGGCAGUGUAUCAAAUACUUGUUCUCCCCACUGUAUUAGGGACCAAGCUCAGCAGAAUAAAUUAGCAUGUUCGGGCAAGCAGCAGCGAUGCGGCAGGUGGGUUGGAGCCCCACCAAUAUCUAGGAAAUGUGCAUGCAAUUCUGAUAUUUCAUGUCACAACAAUAUAUCACAUCAGUUAGCAAACAAUGUAAUUUUAUUUAAAAAAUUGCUUGAUCUAAUAAAGCAUAUGUGGUUGCUUUCCCAUCUCCAAAAUGCAGCUGUUUCAGCCUCGCUCAGUGCUUUCUGUGGUGGAGGGGCAGAUAGAAUAAUAAUUACAGAGCGUAGAUGUCGUUGAUCUUCUCUCGUUGCACGUGAUUGGCUCAGCACCUGCUGGGAGAGCUAGCCAACAAAAGCCCAUCUUAGGUGUUUCAUUGAUUUACAGUAGAAGUGACCAAGAAGGCUCAUUGUCAUUGGCCACAGAUAAAUCAAGGUCUUAUGUACGGUAACUUUGAUUGGACUGAUGUGUCAACUUCAUAGCUAGCUAGUUGUUUUCAAUGCACUGUUACCACGUCUUCAAGCUAGGUAGUUUAGCUAGCUGAAACAUUUCGACUAGCUUAGCUUUCUCCUAGCAAAUAAUUGUCAAACUUCUCGGUGCUCAUUAGUAGGGUUGGAUGGUAUACCGUAUCCUGGGAAUUUCAAAAUACCCUCAGUAUGAUUUUCCAAUACAGUUUUUUAGUGUUUUUUUUAAUAUAUUAGAAUAUUAGUACAUUUCUAUAGGCUAUGCAAUUGUGUGAGAAAACAGAGUUUUGAUGGCCUCUAUUAAAAAGAGGAGGAUCCCAUCAACUUUCUAUAAGCGAGGCCUACUAUAUUAUUUCUCAACUUUCCUAAAAUUAAGCACAUUUCUUCUCUUUACGACAGGAGUAUAGCCUACCUGGCUGGCAUGAAAAUGAACCACGGGAAAAGUGUCCUACAUUCGCUAUUUAAGUGCAUAGAUUACAUGUAUUUUUUCGCCCUGCCCCUGUUUCGAGACAGGUGCAUGAUAAUGGUCCAUUCUAAAUCAAAACAAAUGUAUGUAAAUACAAGAUUAAAUAGUAUAAUGAAUAGUCUAAUGGGUGACAAUAUUAGUCUAUCACUUGUGAAUUAUAUACAGUGCCUUCGGAAAGUAUUCAGACCCCUUGACUUUUUCCACAUUUUGUUACGUUACAGCCUUAUUCUAAAAUUGAUUAAAUAGUUUUUUCCCCUCACACAAUACCCCAUAAUGACAAAGCAAAAACAGGUUUUUAGAAAUGUUUGCUAAUUUAUCAAAAUUAAAAACUGAAAUAUCACAUUUACAUAAGUAUACAGACCCUUUACUCAGUACUUUGUUGAAGCACUUUUGGCAGCGAUUACAGCCUCGAGUCUUGUUGGGUAUGACACUACAAGCUUGGCACACCUGUAUUUGGGGAGAUUCUCCCAUUCUUCUCUGCAGUUCCUCUCAAGCUCUGUCAGGUUGGAUGGGGAGCGUUGAUGCACAGCUAUUUUCAGGUCUCUCCAGAGAUGUUCAAAUGGGUUCAAGUCCGGGCUCUGGCUGAGCCACUCAAGGAUAUUCAGAGACUUGUCCCGAAGCCACUCCUGCGUUGUCUUGGCUGUGUGCUUAGGGUCAUUGUCCUGUUGGAAGGUGAACCUUCGCCCAAGUCUGAGGUCCUGAGCGCUCUGGAGCAGGUUUUCAUCAAGGAUCUCUCUGUACUUUGCUCCGUUCAUCUUUCCCUCGAUCCUGACUAGUCUCCCAGAACCUGCCACUGAAAAACAUCCCCACAGCAUGAUGCUGCCACCACCAUGCUUCACUGUAGGGAUGGUCACAGGUUUCCUCCAGAUGUGACGCUUGGCAUUCAGGCCAAAGAGUUCAAUCUUGGUUUCUUUAGACCAGAGAAUCUUGUUUCUCAUGGUCUGAGAGUCUUUAGGUGCCUUUUGGCAAACUCCAAGCGGUCUGUCAUGUGCCUUUUACUGAGGAGUGGCUUCCGUCUGGCCACUCUACCAUAAAGGCUUGAUUGGUGGAGUACUGCAGAGAUGGUUGUCCUUCUGGAAGGUUCUCCCAUCUCCACAGAGGAACUCUGGAGAUCUGUCAGUGUGACCAUCGGGUUCUUGGUCACCUCCCUGACCAAGGCCCUUCUCCCCCGAUUGCUCAGUUUGGAAGAGUCUUGGGGGUUUCAAACUUCUUCAAUUUAAGAAUGAUGAAGGCCACUGUGUUCUUGGGGACUUUCAGUGCUGCAGAAAUAUUUUGGUACCCUUCCCCAGAUCUGUGCCUCGACACAAUCCUGUCUCAGAGCUCUACGGACAAUUCCUUCGACCUCGUGGCUUGGUUUUUGCUCUGACAUGCAGUCAACUGUGGGACCUUAUAUAGACAGGUGUGUACCUUUCCAAAUCAUAUCCAAUCAAUUGAAUUUACUACAGGUGAACUCCAAUCAAGUUGUAGAAACAUCUCAAGGGUGAUCAAUGGAAACAGGAUGUACCUGAGCUCAAUUUCAAGGCUCAUAUUUAUUGUAUUUUUAUUUAUUGCAAAAACAUCUAAAAACCUGUUUUCGCUUUGUCAUUAUGGGGUAUUGUGUGUAGAUUGAUGAAAAAAAUAAUAUUUAAUCAAUUUUAGAAUAAGGCUGUAACGUAACAAAUGUGGAAAAAGUCAAGGAGUCUGAAUACUUUCCGAAUGCACUGUAUAUGGCACACUGUAUAUGAAACUGGUAUACUUUUUAUUUAUCACAAUUUCUUUAACCAAUUGUGGUCUUUAAUGCAGAACCCGACAGACAAGUUCCUUACUUUCUCCCCCUUACACUUGCCUCUUCCAUUUUUGCGGUAAUGCAGACAUUUCCAGAUAUUUUUGUUAGCUGCAUUUCAAAAUGGUCGGAGAAGAACAACAUUUUCAGGGCAAUUCAAGCAUAGCCAAUAUGCAGUGAUAAUGUAUUGGGCAUAUAGCCUACUACAAACCUCCUUGCUACAGAACUGUUUUUAAUAGGUUCAUGUUGCAUAGUUGAAAAAUAUAUGGAAAAUGGAAAUCAAAACUGGAUGGUGUUCAGAGAUGGAUGGGAGGGGUUGAGUGGAGCUGAAGGAUGGGACUAAAAACAAACAAAAUAUAACUAUUGCAAAAUAUACUGUGUCCGUAAAAUGUAUAUAGUAUGUAUAAGCUGGAAGUAGAAGCCUAAGUGUUGUUGUCCAUUAGUUUACUCCAAUUAGGGAAGGGAUGGAAGGGUUAGGGGAAAAUAAUCAAAGAAAAUAUAUUUGUAAAAAAUACAUAUCAUUUAUGUAUAUUUACAAAAAAAAUAAUAGAGGAUUGCAAAUGAUGCAGAGAAUUACAUUGAUGGAAGCCACAAUCUAUCUGCAAUAUUAACGCUGAUCCAUCUCCUCCCCAUUGAAAAAAUACACUUUGCCUUCCCGGCACUAUGACUGCUGAAUCAAGUGCACCUACCGCCAACAGCACGAAAUGAAUAAAGAAAAUUGGAGCUCAAGGCUUUAUCGUUGUUGUUUUUUUACAGAGAUGUUUGGUGAUCGACUAGGAAUGCCUUGGAGAUCAACCAGUCGAUCACAAUCGACGGGUUGGUGACCACUGGCCUAGGCCUAUACGUUCUCUCCCAGACUCAUGGAUAGAACGUUUUGAGCGUAGCAUAAGGUAACCAGUCCAUCCAUUAUGCAUAAUAAUAUAGUACACACUCAAAGGCGAUUACUAGAAUUUGUUUAAUUUUGGAGUAUAGGCUAGACUAAUUAUGUACCGAAGACAUCAUGUUUUUCUACCAUGCGUAAUAUAAGGUAGUCACCAUCGAGAGCAUCCUGACUGGUUGCAUCACCGCCUGGUAUGGCAACUGCUUGGCCUCCGACCGCAAGGCACUACAGAGGGUAGUGCGUACGGCCCAGUACAUCACUGGGGCCAAGCUUCCUGCCAUCCAGGACCUCUAACCAGGCGGUGUCAGAGGAAGGCCCUAAAAAUUAUCAAAGACUCCAGCCACCCUAGGCAUAGACUGUUCUCUCUGCUACCGCACGGCAAGCGGUACCGGAGCGCCAAGUCUAGGUCCAAAAGGCUUCUUAACAGCUUCUACCCCCAAGCCAUAAGACUCCUGAACAGCUAAUCAUGGCUACCCGGACUAUUUGCAUUUCCACCCCACCCCAUCCCCAUCUUACGCUGCUGCUACUCUGCUUAUUAUUUAUGCAUAGUCACUUUAACUCUACCCACAUGUACAUAUUACCUGAAUUACCUCAACUAACCGGUGCCCCCACACAUUGACUCUGUACCGGUACCCCCUGUAUAUAGCCUCCCUACUGUUAUCUUAUUUUACUGCUGCUCUUUAAUUAUUUGCUAUUUUUUACUUAUCCAUUUUUUACUUAACACUUUUAUUUAUUUUCUUAACUGCAUUGUUGGUUAAGGGCUUGUAAGUAAGCAUUUCACUGUAAUGUCUACACCUGUUGUAUUCGGCGCAUGUGGCAAAUAAAAUUUGAUUUGGAUAUUUAUUGUAUAACGGCACAAUCAUUAUUUUAAUUCAGGUUUUUUUUUUCGGGAUAGGGCUCAUAUAUAGACCUAUGCAUAAGCUCUAAUAUGCGAAGUAAAAACAGCCACAACCUUCCCAAAUUUCCCCGAUAGCCAUGUGCAAGGGGAGAAAAAAGGACCAAGCUGCAUUUUUCAGUCAAACGUAGGUUAAAAUGAAUGUAAUUUUCACUAGACUGUAAUAACCUUAUAAUAUUUUACCAGUCGGUCAACAAUCAUAGGCCUGUUAAAACUAGGCUACAUCAGCAAAAUAGUGUGGUGACUUUGAGAGAGCUUUGAGUUGAUUUAAAUUGCAACAAAUACAACAUGAAACCCUUAGAUUCAUGUGUAUAUUUCUCCAUUUACAGUGUUAUAAUCAUGUCCGAUUUUUUUUCCACUGGUAUUAAAUGCUUUAAAAUAGAGAAGGAAAGAGUUGGUAAUGGGUGUUGGAUUGCAUGUGGGCUCUGGGCAGUAGGCCAUAUCAUAAAGAAAUCAAGGCUACUUUCUGGGGCAAAGUAGCAAUGACACAGUAAGAUCAGAUGCUUUUUAUUUAGGAAACUUUACCAAAGAAACCAUUGAAAAAUCCAUUCUCAAAGUCACGAGAAACAUGUUUUUUUUAACCUUGAUGAUGAUCAUAUUACUGUGCCCCAGGUUUUGGUGCCGUGCCGUGGAAGUCUAACCCUUGGGGCGAACACAGUAGCCCAGUUUGAAACCUACGUUUUACAGCCCUCUGGAGAGGGAUAUCAGACUGUAGAUGGGAAGGUAAGGUCCAUCAGACCAGUACCACGUCAUCUGGAAACGCUACAGUCUCUAAAGUAUUUGCCAUCUCUUGAUUCUACAGUUAUUACACUAGUAUACAAUUUCUCAGUGUAACAUUGUCCUCUAUUCCUCUAUUUUAACAUGGUAAGAUGUGUGUUGAAUCAUUGGUGCACUACACCAAAACAUCAGGCUAGUUCAUAUUCUCUGGCCUAGCUGUAUCGCUUUGGUUGAUUCUACUCUGCUAUAACGGAGGAUAUUGAGUCUGCUCCUCUUCAUCCUCUAUGAUAGGAGCUGACCAUCCAGGACAGCCAGGUGAGACUGGGCGCAGGGUUCCAGGCCCCAGCCAACGUGCCCAUCCUGUUUGAGGAGACCUUUUACAAUGAGAAGGAGCAAAGCUACAGCGUCCUCUGUAUCGCCAGGCCCAUCGACACAGACCAAAGCCCAGGUACUGCUCUCAUCCAGAAGCCAUAAAAGUUUAGUUAAGUGGGUAUGCGAUUUAGUUGAUGUUGAACCAGAUACAAACGCCUACAGCCGCCAUCUCACUCUCACCUUCUUCUCUCACCUUUCUUCCCUCCCUCCCUACCUCACUCUCUUCCUCUCUCAGUGGAGGUGACCCCCAGCCCGGCCCUGUACUGUCUGAAGAAUGUGGAUGAUGUCAGGGAGUUUCUGGGCCGCCAUGUGGAGAAACUGGACAAGUUCAUAAGCAGCUUCUGCCACUCCUUUAAAGAGCAUGAAAGGAAGGGACUGCGACACCACAUUGUAAGCACCAUGCCUAAUCCUGAUGGACACUACUAGCUCACUGCUAACUAGCUAGCAAUUUCACAACCCACCUAACUAACGGUAGAGUGAAGCAAUUUCCACGCUUGAUAACAUACACUGGGUGUACAAAACAAAAGGAACACCUGCUCUUUCCAUGACAUAGACUGACCAGGUGAAAGCUAUGAUCUCUUAUUGAUGUCACCUGUAUAUCCACUUCAAUCAGUUGUAUAUGAAGGGGAGGAGACAGGUUAAAGAAGGAUUUGCCUUGAGACAAUUGAGACAUGGAUUGUGUAUGUGUGCCGUUCAGAGGGGGAAUAGGCGAGACAAAAUAUUAAAGUGCCUUUGAACGGGGUAUGGUAGUAGGUGCCAACGCUGCUGGUUUUUCACACUCAACAGUUUCCCAUGUGUAUCAAGAAUGGUCCACCACACAAAAGACAUCCAGCCAACUUGACACAACUAUGGGAAGCAUUGGAGUCAAUGUGGGCCAGCAUCCCUGUGGAACGCUUUCGACACCUUGUAGAAUCCAAGCCCCAACGAAUUGAGGCUGUUCUGAGGGCAAAAGGGGCUACUCAAUAUUAGGAAGGUGUUCCUAAUGUUUUGUACACUGUGUAUACUGGAAUACAUAGCUAGGACACUAAUUUAUAAUGUAAUAUAUACUAUUAAUAUACAUUGUACUGUAUAAGACAAAGUAACAUAGUCAGAGCCAACAUUAUUGGCAUCCUGGCAGAUUCAGUCAGGUUUUUGGCUAAAAUGUCCUCGUACUGGGUAAGGUUCAUGAUGCUGUUGACCUUAACAAGGGCCACAGGACCAGUGGAAGGUAAAUAGCCCCUUAACAUCAUAGAUCCACCACCAUAUUUUACAGUAGGUAUGGGGUUAUUUUCUGUAUAUGCAUCUUUAUUUCGAUGCAAAACACCACUGGUGUGCAUGAACAAAGAGCUCUAUUUUCAUGUCUUCCAACAAAUGUAGACGCCUGGAGUUUGCUUAACGGCAUUGACACUUGGAUUGGAACCGGUGCUAUGGUCAGAUAUGAAAAUAGAGCUCUUUGGCCAAGCACACCAGUGGUGGGUUUUGCAUCCUGGGGCCCUUGUUAAGGUCAACAGCAUCAUGUACUUUACCCAGUACCAGGACAUUUUAGCCCAAAACAUGGUUGGCUCUGCAAGGAGGCUGAAACUUGGCCGGAAGUGGAUCUUCCAGCAAGACAAUAACCGCAAGCACAAAUCAAAAUCCACAAAUAAAUGGUUUGACCACAAAAUCAACAUUUUGCAACAGGACAGCUCAGUCUCAGGACUUGAACCCCAUUGAAAACCUGUGGUUUGAAUUGAAGAAGGCAGUCCAGAAGUGCAGAUGAAGGAUAUAAAAAAUCUGGAACAAUUCUGUAUAAAGGAAUGGUCUAAGAUCCCUCCCAAUGUGUUCUCCCAAUCUAUAAACUUUUAGAGAAAGUUCAGGUCUUAUCCCGCAAGGUAGAUAUGAAAACGGGUGCAAAUUUAGACCCCUAUUUUUGGAGACGUAUUACACUUGAUUGGUCCUGCAAUUGUCAGAUAAAAUAUAAGUUUUGGAGCAACAUAGUCGGUUUUUAUCUUGGCGCUUUUGCUCACACAUAAUUUUAACUUUUAUUACCUAUUUAAAAUUUAACAAGGUGCCAAUAAUUUGACCCAUGUAUGGAAAAAAUAUUCUGUUAACGCAAUUGCUUCCUCUCCAAUUGUCCCUAAUAAAUUCUUAUUGUUAAACAAUGGGAAUACUGUAUAGCAUGAUUUAUUUAUAUUUACAGCGUCUUAUCAGCUACAAUUUAUAAUAUUCUUUUUAUUACCAUGAUGAACCCAAUGGUGCCAAACAUUUACCGACUGAGCUAAAUCAUGCGCUUCCUCUUGACACGCUCCAACUGUGACUGCCCUCUCCCCUCAGGCGCAGGAAGCCUUUAAACAAGAUCUUCAGUGCACUGUUGAGGACUGCAGCCUGGUAAGUUACUGUAUGACAAUGACUGCUUGAUUGCGGUGUUGCCAACUAUUUUUCACGGAAAGUAGCUGUUGGUUGCUCCAUUUCUCGCUAAAUGUCACUAGAUGACGUCAUGAUGUAAUAGGGAUGACAUAACGUUAUUUUGCACAUGCGCAUAAAAAAAAUAUUAUGCUUAUGCUGUCCCUCAAUCUCUCACGCAAUGCGAAAUUCUCCAAAGCAAACUAAAUAGAAUGUUUGAAGGAGAACAAACAGGAACCAAUUAAAUGUUACAGAAAAACUAAGGUAGAUGACUUUUGUAGAUUUUGUAUUUGUAUUUAUGCCUUGGAGAGCUGUGUUAUCAUUUAACAAUAAGGAACAAUUUAAUAAAUUCACUUCACUCGCUGGAGUAGCGGAGAGAGGACCGAGAGGCUAGAUGGAGAGAGGACCGAGGGGCUAGAUGGAGAGAGGACCGAGGGGCUAGAUGGAGAGAGGACCGAGAGGCUAGAUGGAGAGAGGACCGAGGGGCUAGAUGGAGAGAGGACCGAGGGCUAGAUGGAGAGAGGACCGAGGGGCUAGAUGGAGAGCGGACCGAGGGGUUAGAUGGAGAGAGGACCCGAGAGGCUAGAUGGAGAGAGGACCGAGAGGCUAGAUGGAGAGAGGACCGAGGGGCUAGAUGGAGAGAGGACCGAGGGGCUAGAUGGAUAGAGGACCCGAGAGGCUAGAUGGAGAGAGGACCGAGGGCUAGAUGGAGAGAGGACAGAGGGGCUAGAUGGAGAGAGGACCGAGGGGCUAGAUGGAGAGAGGACCGAGGGGCUAGAUGGAGAGAGGACCGAGGGGCUAGAUGGAGAGAGGACAGAGGGGCUAGAUGGAGAGAGGGCCGAGGGGCUAGAUGGAGAGAGGGCCGAGGGGCUAGAUGGAGAGAGGACCGAGGGGCUAGAUGGAGAGAGGACCGAGGGGCUAGAUGGAGAGAGGACCGAGGGGCUAGAUGGAGAGAGGACCCAAGAGGCUAGAUGGAGAGAGGACCGAGGGGCUAGAUGGAGAGAGGACCGAGGGGCUAGAUGGAGAGAGGACAGAGGGGCUAGAUGGAGAGAGGACAGAGGGGCUAGAUGGAGAGAGGACCAAGGGGCUAGAUGGAGAGAGGACCGAGGGGCUAGAUGGAGAGAGGACCCGAGAGGCUAGAUGGAGAGAGGACCCGAGAGGCUAGAUGGAGAGAGGACCGAGGGGCUAGAUGGAGAGAGGACCCGAGAGGCUAGAUGGAGAGAGGACCGAGGGGCUAGAUGGAGAGAGGCGGGGGAGGGAGCGAAGAGAGGUGGGGGAAGGGCACACACAUGCAGAAGCCGGUAGAGAGGGAGCAGUGCUCAGAGCAGCACAGCUAGGCUCAGCCGAGCGGGCACACACACACAAAUAGGGAAGUUGCUAAAUCAACCAAAAGUUGCUGGGACAGCCUUAAAAAGUUGCUAUACUCUUUUACCAAUAUCUCUGGAGGGGUCUGAAAACUCGCUAAAUCUAGUGACAAAGUCGCUAAGUUGGCAACACUGCCUGAUUAUCUACAUAUCAUGGGUCAUGUUCAGUAGGUCACACUGUAGCAAUGUUUUUAAAAUGUUUCGUAUUGGACAAGUUCAGGUUGGUUUUCCAUUUCUACGUGCCUACUGGACCACGACCCAGUUGUCAUUCCUGAGAUAUGAACCAGAUUGGUUAUACCUCCUGUCUUUCAGAAAGUGCUGGCCAAACAGGAGCUCCAGAUGACUCUCCUUAAACAAGCGGUGGAAGUAAGAGAGAGUUCUCUCUAUUGUAUUGUGUUGUAUUGAACAUUUGAAAACAAUUUAUUUUAGGUGUUUUUUCAUUCUGGUCAUCCGUACAGCUCUACGGAGUUGUGUGAUGCUAUAAUGCUUAAUGUAAUUUUAUGAAAUGUUGUCAGUAUACAUAUUUUCUAUUUUAUCUUUCAGAUGUAUAUACAUCAUGGUAUCCAUGAUUUAAUCUUUAACUUUGUGGGAACUCUUGAAGCCAGCCAGGUCUGUACAGUAUUUGAUAUUACUGUCAGUAUUUUAUAGCCCCAGAAUCCCCAUGCAGGAAAGGUUAAUAUCCAUGUUUAUUAUCACUGUUCCAACAGGAUUCUGCCUUCAACAAAACCACCAGAGGUCUGCAGGAUCUGCAGCAGAAAGACUUGGGGGUCAAAUCUGAAUUUAGGUUGGUUGCUUUUGUGUUUGCAGUCCAAAGUAAUGAUAAACACACAUCACAUUAUACAUGCUGGAUGAGAAACUUUGCAAGUCUCCAUACAACACAAACGAAAAGGGCCACACCACCAUAUUGCUCAUAUACCACUUCUAAUACUAACUGAUCUUCAUCAUAUCAAAUAGGUCUGAUAUGAGAGAACCUGUUCCGUUGUGUCUAUAGAGUAUAGGAGUAUGUUUGCCUGUCUCAUCCAGUAUCAAUAUCCCCUAGCCAUUCACUACUAUAACCUGUAGUGUGUCCCUGUCUCCUAAUAUAGUAUCAAUAUUAACUUACCCAGUUGUAUUUCCCUAUUACCAAAUACAGUAUAAAUAUCCCCCGGGCCAAGAGAGAGCUGAGCCAGUUGAACCACUGCACCUCUCCUCUACACAAGCUGCUCUGCCUCAGAAAGGUGGGACUCACCAUCAUGCAGUCCCCCAGCAGCUCAGGUAUACCGUGUGUCUGUCUGUCUGUCUUGUGUCUGUCCGCAUUUCAUGUCACAUUGGCAGAAGUUUACACAGUGUUCUGUCACAUUAUUUUUUUAUUUUUUUUGCAUUUUAGUCGUUUAGCAGACGCUCUUAUCCAGAGCGACUUACAGUUAGUGAGUGCAUACAUUUUCAUAAACAGCACAAUUGAUACUGAAAUGCAAAUGUGCCUUAAAAUGGAUUCUGGCCCAUUUGUUAUGGUACCAUAGAUGCGGUAAAGAGAUCAAUGGAACUCAACCAAAACAAUGGAAAUGCCAUGGAAAUGCGAGGGGGAAUGAUCACGAAUCUCCUCAUUGCCCCCCAGCAAAAUUAGCCUACUUUUAGGCUAUUGUUUGUGUAUUUCACACUAUGUUGAGGUAAAAAUCGGAGUAUAAUGUUUGUAUGGAUGUCAACCCCAACACAAUGUCAUGUUAUUGUCACCAAUUAACUGCAUUACAGUUAAAAAUGACUGACUACAUUUUUACAUUUUAAUCACUUGGCAGACUCUCUUAUCCAUAGCGACUUACAGUUAGUGAGUGCAUAAAUUUUUCAUACUGGCCCCCCGUGGGAAACGAACCCACAACCAUGGCGUUGCAAUCGCUAUGCUCUACCAACUGAGCUACAGGGGACUACCAAUACCACUACUGAUUUCUCCAUGCUAGCUAUGCUACCAGCUUAUACGAACGGGAGUUUGCAUUUAGGAGUCACUUCUUCGCAACCUGAAAAGCGACUACUUCUAAAUGUUAUGCAGCGAAACAGCCAAUUAUAUCCAAAGCGGCCUGUUACAAUACAUAAAUCAUGACGAAUUGGCACUUUGUUAGACAGAUGUGUUGAUUGUGUGCCAAUCCGGCGUCCUAGUUCUAUCCCCCACGGUCUGUGUUCCAUUGACCUCUUUACCACAUCUAUGCAAAUCUGUAAGGUCAUGCUUCGGCCUCUGAGUGAAAUAUAAUUUUUGCUUUCAUCCAGAAAGUUACAGGUGUGCACAAGUGCUGAUUUACCAAUGUUUUAUGAUGACAUUAAGUUACUAGAAGUAGUUUACAAGGCUGGUCAUUAUAACCGCUCAGGUCAGAGUGUGUAGGAAAGUUGACUGAACUCUGCACAGUCCCACAUAAUGUCCUCCAUUACUCAAUUUUCUGUUCACUCCCUGCCUGGUAAUAUAAUUAACUCUGUACAUACGCACAAUAUCCUGACUGUUGGGGCCUAAUGCGUUUGUCCAGUUUAUUUUGGAAAUCCAACCUUGUUAACCACAUAACAACCCUUACCCUGUCUCUGUGGAGUGGUGUGAUCCACUCGUAAUUUCUGUUGGCCAAAUUUACCAAUUUAAAGCCUAAACAACACGGAAAGAGGCAGAUUGUCUCAGAGGUUAGCCAGACUUUGUGGGCGUUUCACAGGUAAAGCAACUCUGUAAAGCAAUGUUUGUAGGAUGAAGCUGUUUAAUAUAUUAAAGAGCCUUAUCUAUCUAGUCUACUGUAUGCCCCUGCUGUAAACCUCAUUCACAAACUUGUUACAGUUACAGAAGGAACCACCGUAAUUGAAUUCUUCCUUUCAUUUCCCUUUUUUCCUUAACAUGCAGUGAGCAUAGAGGCUUUAUGUGCAGACGAUCUUCUCUCUGGGAUUCUGUACUUAGUGGUGAAGACGGAAAUCCCCAAUUGGUGAGGAAGACCUACUAAUACCACUGACCAUGAAAUGACUUGAUUUACUAGUUGAAUUAAUUAUGAAUGACUAAAGUGACCUAGUAAUUAAACCUAGUCAUUAAUUGAUUCAUUAACUAUUAAGUUAUUAAAAGCCAGUGUUAACAAGUGUUUAACUAACAAGCAUGCUCUUCCAGGAUGGCCAACCUGAGCUACAUCAAGAACUUCAAUUUCUGUAACUCCACCAAGGACGAGCUGAGCUACUGCCUGACGUCGUUCGAGGCCGCCGUCGAGUUCAUCAGCCAGGGCAACCUCAUCCUGAGCCAGGGACGAGUGGUGAGCACAGCAAAGUACAGUAGUACUCACACAGGGUGGAUCCUUUCUUACCUUACACUACACUGAGUGUACAAAACAUUAAUAUUGAUUUGCACCCUCCCCUUUUCCCUCAGAACAGCCUCAAUUGGUCGGGGCAUAGACUCUACAAAGUGUCAAAAGUGUUCCACAGGGAUGCUGGUUCAUGUUGACUCCAAUGCUUCCCACAGUUGUGUCAAGUUGGCUGGAUGUCCUUUGGGUGUUGGACCAUUAUUGAUACACACGGGAAACUGUUGAGUGUGAAAAACCCAGCAGCAUUAGAGUACUUGACACAAACUGGUGUGCCUGGCACCUACUACCAUACCCUGUUCAAAGGCAUUUGAAUAUUUUGGCUUGCCAAUCCACCCUUUUGAAUGGCACACAUACACAAUCCAUGUCUCAAUUGUCUCAAGGCUUAAACAUCAUUCUUUAACCUGUAUCCUCCCCAUCAUCUACACUGAUUGAAGUGGAUUUAACAAGUGACAUCAAUAAGGGAUCAUAGCUUUCACCUGGAUUCACCUGGUCAGUCUGUCAUGGAAAGAGCAGGUGUUCUUAAUGUUUUGUUCACUGUGUACCUGGGCCCUGGCCAGCUUGACUUGGCUCAAUAUUGUGAAAAUGGCUUUAUACACCACAAACACAUUCAGCUUUGUUGUAGCUGAUAUCCUAUCCAAGCACACUGUUGACUUAGAUAGAUACACCACUUUAUCACUGCAAUACCUGUCAUAACAGGCCACAAUAGUGAGCGAACUUGACCGAAAUUACCGAAAAUUGGUGCAGAGUAAGUGACUGUGUCUGUGGUUUGCAGGGCUCAGGGGAACCGAACGACAAAGUGCGUUUCACACAGAAAAUAAACCUGCUCUGCCAGAAUGAUGCUACCCCCAUCAACUGUCUGUUUGAGGUGAGAACAUGACCAUACAGUUUUAGGGGGGAGGAAAGCUUUACUCUUUGUUGGGGAGUAAUGAACUACAUGUAGUUCAACUAGUAAUUAAACUGCAUUUUGAAGUAGCUUGGUGGUAGUUGAACUAAAUUCAAAUCUAGGUAGUGUUUUCAGUAGUUAAUAACUUUUUUUGCCAUGUAGCAGUGUAGCUAACUGUUGGAACUACACACUACAUUUUUUGCAAAAGAAAAUAUGGGGGCUUCAGACCUGCCUAAUUCUCACUUGAAACUGUUUUUGUGUUUAAUAGGCUAAAUUACACAUUUUGUUAACACCUGACCCCAGAGUGAUCUGUUCUUGCAAUUUGUAGUCUAUGACAUUUCAGAUUUAGAUAUGAUAAUUUUUCCCGAAGUAGCUUGGAUGUAGUGAACUACUUUUUCAAAGUAGCUUUAGAUAAGUACACUUUUUUUUCUUCUUAAGGGUAGCUUUAGUGUAGCUUAACUUCUUCUAGUGUGAAGUAAUUGGUAGCUUGGUAAACUAUUUCAGAGUAGCUUCCCCAACACUGGCUAUUUUUUAUUUAAUUUAAUUUAACCAGACAAGUCAAAUUAAGAACAAAUUCUUAUUUACAAUGACGGCCUACCCCGGCCAAAACCCGGACGACGCUGGGCCAAUUGUGCGCCGCCCUAUGGGACUCCCAAUCACGGCCGGUUGUGAUACAGCCUGGAAUCGAACCAGGGUCUGCAGUGACGCCUCUAGCACUGAGAUGCAGUGCCUUAGACCACUGCGCCACUUGGGAGCCCAAUACUGGGCAUCAUGGUCCAUUGGAUAGAUGGAUACCUUCAUCCAUUUAACAAUUUCAUUUGUUCAUAUGAAAACAUUGUUUAACCAACUUUUUUCUGAUAUAAAAAUAAAUAAAUAGUCUGUAUAUUGAUAUUUUUCUUUUUUGAACUGAUGGUGCGUGUGUGUGUCCUGCAGCACAUAGCCAAUGGUAACGAAGCAGAGGUCAAGCGUGUGUUGAGUGAAAACGAAAGUGAUGAGGACGGGGUCAAGAUGUGUCACCCCCUUUGCUCCUGUGAUCAUUGUGAGCUCCGGGUCUCAGGGUGAGCACACACACGCACGCACGCAUACCACACACAGGUUUGUUAUGACGGGGAGGCAGGUAGCCUAGCGAUUAGAGCGUUGGGACAGUAACCGAAAGGUUGCUUGUUCGAGUACCUGAGCCGGCAAGAUGGAAAAAUCUGCCGUUCUGCCCUUGAGCAAGGCAGUUAAACCCCACAACAACUGCUCCAUGGGCGUCAAUGACGUGGACAUCGAUUAAGGCAGCCCCCCGCACCUCUCUGAUUCAGAGGAAUGCGGAAUACAUUUUUCGGUUGAAUGCAUUCAGUUGUGCAACUGACUAGAUAUCCCCUUUCCCCCACCCAUCAGGUACAGUGGGGGAAAAAAGUAUUUAGUCAGCCACCAAUUGUGCAAGUUCUCCCACUUAAAAAGAUGAGAGAGGCCUGUAAUUUUCAUCAUAGGUACACGUCAACUAUGACAGACAAAAUGAGAUUUUUUUUUCCAGAAAAUCACAUUGUAGGAUUUUUAAUGAAUUUAUUUGCAAAUUAUGGUGGAAAAUAAGUAUUUGGUCAAUAACAAAAGUUUCUCAAUACUUUGUUAUAUACCCUUUGUUGGCAAUGACACAGGUCAAACGUUUUCUGUAAGUCUUCACAAGGUUUUCACACACUGUUGCUGGUAUUUUGGCCCAUUCCUCCUUGCAGAUCUCCUCUAGAGCAGUGAUGUUUUGGGGCUGUCGCUGGGCAACACGGACUUUCAACUCCCUCCAAAGAUUUUCUAUGGGGUUGAGAUCUGGAGACUGGCUAUGCCACUCCAGGACCUUGAAAUGCUUCUUACGAAGCCACUCCUUCGUUGCCCGGGCGGUGUGUUUGGGAUCAUUGUCAUGCUGAAAGACCCAACCACGUUUCAUCUUCAAUGCCCUUGCUGAUGGAAGGAGGUUUUCACUCAAAAUCUCACGAUACAUGGCCCCAUUAAUUCUUUCCUUUACACGGAUCAGUCGUCCUGGUCCCUUUGCAGAAAAACAGCCCCAAAGCAUGAUGUUUCCACCCCCAUGCUUCACAGUAAGUAUGGUGUUCUUUGGAUGCAACUCAGCAUUCUUUGUCCUCCAAACACGACGAGUUGAGUUUUUACCAAAAAGUUAUAUUUUGGUUUCAUCUGACCAUAUGACAUUCUCCCAAUCCUCUUCUGGAUCAUCCAAAUGCACUCUAGCAAACUUCAGACGGGCCUGGACAUGUACUGGCUUAAGCAGGGGGACACGUCUGGCACUGCAGGAUUUGAGUCCCUGGCGGCGUAGUGUGUUACUGAUGGUAGGCUUUGUUACUUUGGUCCCAGCUCUCUGCAGGUAAUUCACUAGGUCCCCCCGUGUGGUUCUGGGAUUUUGCUCACCGUUCUUGUGAUCAUUUUGACCCCACGGGGUGAGAUCUUGCGUGGAGCCCCAGAUCGAGGGAGAUUAUCAGUGGUCUUGUAUGUCUUCCAUUUGCUAAUAAUUGCUCCCACAGUUGAUUUCUUCAAACCAAGCUGCUUACCUAUUGCAGAUUCAGUCUUCCCAGCCUGGUGCAGGUCUACAAUUUUGUUUCUGGUGUCCUUUGACAGCUCUUUGGUCUUGGCCAUAUCGGAGUUUGGAGUGUGACUGUUUGAGGUUGUGGACAGGUGUCUUUUAUACUGAUAACAAGUUCAAACAGGUGCCAUUAAUACAGGUAACGAGUGGAGGACAGAGGAGCCUCUUACAGAAGAAGUUACAGGUCUGUGAGAGCCAGAAAUCUUGCUUGUUUGUAGGUGACCAAAUACUUAUUUUCCACCAUCAUUUGCAAAUAAAUUCAUUAAAAAUCCUACAAUGUGAUUUUCUGGAUUUUUUUUCUCAAUUCGUCUGUCAUAGUUUACGUGUACCUAUGAUGAAAAUUACAGGCCUCUCUCAUCUUUUUAAGUGGGAGAACUUGCACAAUUGGUGUCUGACUAAAUACUUUUUCCCCCCACUGUAAGUCUGACACUUCAGUUGUCUGAUUCUCUGUGUCACUCACUCCUUCUAGUGGAAUCAUAUUCUCUUUCUGUGUUAUUGUCAUUACAUGCAGUGAAUAGAAACAGAACAUUUGAUUAUUCUCCAACUUUGUAAUUCCCCUUGAAGUUUCAUUUCCCCUUUCUCUAUUACUGUGUCUGCUCUUGCAGAAGACUGAAUGACCCGUCCAUUGUAACUCCCUUCUCUCGAGACGAUAGAGGAUACACACCACUUCAUGUCGCUGCUAUCUGUGGUAAGUGGUGCUAAUAAGUGCCUGAGGGUGGCCUAUUGAUCAACACAGCUUACUUGGGACCACACAUACUGUAGACCCUAAAGGCAGGGGAUGGAAUCCCCGGUCCGCCACUUUCUGUACUUUUCAUCCCCUUCAAUCUGUCUCCCGCUCUCAUUUCCCACUGUCUAAAUAAAGUUAAAAGCCUGUCUUUGCCAUGGUAGGUCAGUCCCUGUUGAUCGACCUGUUGGUGUCUAAGGGAGCUCUGGUGAACGCCACAGACUACCUCGCAUUCUCACCCCUGCACCUCUCCUGUCAGAAGGGCUACCAGGGAGUCACGGUGAGACAGGACGCUAGCAGGACAGUUAUAGCCUGGUUCCAGAUCUUUUUGUGCUAAACAGAUCUUGAACCAGGCUAAAAUGAACUACACUAUAUCACAGAAACUAUAUACAAAAAAGAUACUUCUGUUACACAAACUGUUCAAUCUCUCUGACAUAUUUUUCUCUCACUCUCUCUCCCACCCAGCUGCUGCUCUUGCACUAUAAGGCGAACACAGACGCCCAGGACAACAAUGGCAACACUCCUCUGCACCUGGCCUGUAUGUACGGACAUGAAGAUGUAAGUCAGUCUGGGGAGCCACUCUCCAUUUUAAAAUCUGUCUUUAAAGGCACAGUCUGUAAUUUCAACAGCCUUGACUCUGCCACUUUGUUUGGUAAUCUCAGGGAUAGAGCUGAGGAAAUACAACCAGUGACAGUACAUGGGAUAGCAGUUAAAGUAUCUGUAUCACAGGAGGCUGCUGAGGGGAGGAUGGCUCAUAAUAAUGACUGGGAUGGAGUUAAUUGAAUGAUAUCAUGUGUUUGAGUUCGAUGCCAUUCCAUAUUAUCCAUUCCAGCCAUUACUAUGAGCCCGUCUUCCCCAAUUAAGGUGCCACCAACUUCCUGUGAUCUGUAUUGAUAAUGUAGGGGGAGAAUGAACGUAUUUACCUGCCUUGUUUACUAUAUAUCGAUAGUUAAUAACUUGCAAUACUGUGCUUCUGAGAAAGGAUGGUUCUCCCUUUCUGCUCACUGCAGCUGGUCUGGGCGUAUCGUCAAGGACAUGGGGAGACUCAGAGAUAACUUGCCACUCGAGAUAGAGAUAAACUUGAGAAACAGAUAGACCUGUAUUGUUUCAAUUUCUCUUUGCUUCUGAGUAACCAGGUCACACGGCAUAAGACAAAGAGGCUCUGAGAAGUGACCGCAGUGUCUCAGCCCAUCCUGUUUCUUCUCAUAUCUUCCAAGGGCACAGCUGUGGGGAGAUAGAAGAGAACGGAGGCUAGCUUGGUAGAGAACGCAGUAACGGAACUGCCGUUGUCACUUGUUUGUGCCUAUAACCUCACACACCCAAUACACCUGGCCACAAGAAGAAAACAAGAUAGCUUAUGAUGCCCUGAUCUUCCAGGGAGGGGUGAAACCUGCCAUGACUAAGCAUUUCUAGGUCUUCUAUAUAAGGCCCUUUAUUCUCUGUAUGAUUUUAAGCCUCGGUCUCACGCUCAAGAGUGUGGGGUCGACCAGCUUCCUUAUUGCAAUUUAUAUAAUAAAGUAUUGAUUGUUUGAAGAAUUAACAAAGUCUCUCCUUAUUGGUUAGAAUUUCCACAACAAUACUGCUGUAAAUAAGUACAGGUAUAUGGAGGAUGAUGAUGACAGCCUGUACUGACAGUGUCUCUCUAUGGUAGUUCAGAGUUGUUGUUUUUUUGUCUGACAGUGUUAUCCCAUCCGUGUCUCAGUGUGUUAAGGCUCUGGUGUACUACGACCUGCACACGUGCUGUCUGAACAUCCAGAACGACAAGGGGGACACCCCCCUGCACAUCGCGGCCCGUUGGGGCUACGAGGGCAUCAUCCAGGUUCUACUGGAGAACGGAGCCAGCACCACCAUAUACAACAAGGCCAAAGACUCUCCACUACAGUGUGCCCUGAACUCUAAGGUGAGGAGUGAAGACCCCUGCUCUGCUAAAAGCACCUAAUACAGUGGGGGAAAAAAUUAUUUAGUCAGCCACCAAUUGUGCAAGUUCUCCCACUUAAAAAGAUGAGAGAGGCCUGUAAUUUUCAUCAUAGGUACACGUCAACUAUGACAGACAAAAUGAGGAAAAAAAAUACAGAAAAUCACAUUGUAGGAUUUUUAAUGAAUUUAUUUUCAAAUUAUGGUGGAAAAUAAGUAUUUGGUCAAUAACAAAAGUUUCUCAAUACUUUGUUAUAUACCCUUUGUUGGCAAUGACACAGGUCAAACAUUUUCUGUAAGUCUUCACAAGGUUUUCACACACUGUUGCUGGUAUUUUGGCCCAUUCCUCCAUGCAGAUCUCCUCUAGUGCAGUGAUGUUUUGGGGCUGUCGCUGGGCAACACGGACUUUCAACUCCCUCCAAAGAUUUUCUAUGGGGUUGAGAUCUGGAGACUGGCUAGGCCACUCCAGGACCUUGAAAUGCUUCUUACGAAGCCACUCCUUCGUUGCCCGGGCGGUGUGUUUGAGAUCAUUGUCAUGCUGAAAGACCCAGCCACGUUUCAUCUUCAAUGCCCUUGCUGAUGGAAGGAGGUUUUCACUCAAAAUCUCACGAUACAUGGCCUCAUUCUUUCCUUUACACGGAUCAGUCGUCCUGGUCCCUUUGCAGAAAAACAGCCCCAAAGCAUGAUGUUUCCACCCCCAUGCUUCACAGUAGGUAUGGUGUUCUUUGGAUGCAACUCAGCAUUCUUUGUCCUCCAAACACGACGAGUUGAGUUUUUACCAAAAAGUUCUAUUUUGGUUUCAUCUGACCAUAUGACAUUCUCCCAAUCCUCUUCUGGAUCAUCCAAAUGCACUCUAGCAAACUUCAGACGGGCCUGGACAUGUACUGGCUUAAGCAGGGGGACACGUCUGGCACUGCAGGAUUUGAGUCCCUGGCGGCGUAGUGUGUUACUGAUGGUAGGCUUUGUUACUUUGGUCCCAGCUCUCUGCAGGUCAUUCACUAGGUCCCCCUGUGUGGUUCUGGGAUUUUUGCUCACCGUUCUUGUGAUCAUUUUGACCCCACGGGGUGAGAUCUUGUGUGGAGCCCCAGAUCGAGGGAGAUUAUCAGUGGUCUUGUAUGUCUUCCAUUUCCUAAUAAUUGCUCCCACAGUUGAUUUCUUCAAACCAAGCUGCUUACCUAUUGCAGAUUCAGUCUUCCCAGCCUGGUGCAGGUCUACAAUUUUGUUUCUGGUGUCCUUUGACAGCUCUUUGGUCUUGGCCAUAGUGGAGUUUGGAGUGUGACUGUUUGAGGUUGUGGACAGGUGUCUUUUAUACUGAUAACAAGUUCAAACAGGUGCCAUUAAUACAGGUAACGAGUGGAGGACAGAGGAGCCUCUUAAAGAAGAAGUUGCAGGUCUGUGAGAGCCAGAAAUCUUGCUUGUUUGUAGGUGACCAAAUACUUAUUUUCCACCAUAAUUUGCAAAUAAAUUCAUAAAAAAUCCUACAAUGUGAUUUUCUGGAUUUUUUUCUCUCAAUUUGUCUGUCAUAGUUGACGUGUACCUAUGAUGAAAAUUACAGGCCUCUCUCAUCUUUUUAAGUGGGAGAACUUGCACAAUUGGUGGCUGACUAAAUACUUUUUUUCCCCACUGUAUAUGCCAUUUAGCACACCAUUUUAUCUAAAGCGACUUAGUCAGUCAUGUGUGCAAACAUCAAAUGUGCAAAUUAAGUAUGUGUUUGUUACAGCAAGCAAGUACAGUGCAUUCGGAACGUUUUCAGACCUCUUGACUUUUUCCACAUUUUGUUACGUUACAGACUUAUUCUAAAAUGGAUUAAAUGCAAAAAAAAUCAUCAUCAAUAUACACACAAUACCCCAUAAUGACAAAGCGAAAAAUGUUUUUUUGAAUUUUUUGUAUUCAGACCCUUUGCUAUGAGACUCGAAAUUGAGCUCAGGUGCAUCUCAACCCCAUAGAAUUCAAUUGAUUGGACAUGAUUUGGAAAGGCACACACCUGUCUACAUAAGGUCCCAUAGUUGACAGUGCAUGUCAGAGCAUAAAUCAAGCCAUGAGGUCAAGGGAAUUGUCCGUAGAGCUCCGAGACAGGAUUGUGUCGUGGCACAGAUCUGGGGAAGGGUACCAAAACAAGGUCCACAAGAACACAGUGGCCUCCAUCAUUCUUAAAUGCAAUAAAUUUGGAACCACCAAGUCUCUUCCUAGAGCUGGCCACCCGGCCAAACUGAGCAAUUGGGGGAGAAGGGCCUUGGUCUGGGAAGUGACCAAGAACCUGAUGGUCACUCUGACAGAGCUCCAGAGUUCCUCUGUGGAGAUGGAAGAACAUUCCAGAAGGACAACCAUCUCUGCUGCACUCCACCAAUCAGGCCUUUAUGGUAGAGUGGCCAGACGGAAGCCACUCCUCAGUAAAAGGCACAUGACAGCCUGCUUGGAGUUUGCCAAAAGGCACCUAAAGGACUCUCAGACCAUGAGAAACAAGAUUCUCUCGUCUGAUGAAACCAAGAUUGAACUCUUUUGCUUGAAUGCCAAGCGUCACGUCUGGAGGAAACCUGGCACCAUCCCUACGGUGAAGCAUGGUGGUGGCAGCAUCAUGCUGUGGUGAUAUUUUUCAGUGGCAGGGACUGGGAUACUAGUCAGGAUCGAGGGAAAGAUGAACUGCGCAAAGUACAGAGAGAUCAUUGAUGAAAACCUGCUCCAGAGUGCUCAGGACCUCAGACUAGGGUGAAGGUUCACCUUCCAACAGGACAACGACCCUAAUCACACAGCCAAGACAACGCAGGAGUGGCUUCGGGACAAGUCUCUGAAUGUCCUUGAGUGGCCCAGCCAGAGCCCGGUCUUGAACCCGAUCUAACAUCUCUGGAGAGACCUGACAAUAGCUGUGCAGCGACGCUCCCCAUCCAACCUGACAGAGCUUGAGAGGAUCUGCAGAGAAGAAUGGGAGAAACUCCCCAAAUACAGGUGUGCCAAGCUUGUAGCGUCAUACCCAAGAAGACUCAAGGCCGUAAUCGCUGCCAAAGGUGCUUCAACAAAGUACUGAGUAAAGGGUCUGAAUACUUAUGUAAAUGUGAUAUUUCUGUUUUUAAUUUUUAAUAUUUUCGACAAACCUGUUUUCGCUUUGUCAUUAUGGGGUAUUGUGGGUAGAUUGAUGAGGGAAAAACAUGAUUUAAUAAAUUUGAUAAUAAGGCUGUAACGUAACAAAGUGGAAAAAGUCAAGGGGUCUGAAUACUUUCCGAAUGCACUGUAUGUACGUACAUAAUAGUGUGUGUGUGUACCAAUGUCUGUGUUGCAGAUUUUGACGCUGUUGGAGUUGACACAAUAUGGUUCUCACAGAAGAGAUAGCAAUGAUGUAAGUCAAAUGUCAUCACAUAGGAAGUGACAGAGUAGAGUUGACUCAAUAAUGGAACUACAUCAUUUCAUUAGAUAAACUGAUGGUUCUGACCAGCCAACCUGUUAAAAUACCGUUAACCAGAAUCCUGUAGGUGGACUGUCCUAAGUAUUCCAAGGAUAUCUCUUUACUUGCUCUGCUAGAAGCAGCCUGGACCCAGUUUCCCAAAAGCAUCUUAAGGCUAAGUUCAUUGUUAGAAUCUUCGUAGGAGCAUUGUUAAAUCGCAGAGCUGUUUCCUAAAACCGUUGUUGGUGAAGUUUCACUUGAAAACGCUAGUUGUUUACCGACUACCUCAAACCACUCCAAGAACAGCUAAGUGCGUCGUUAGAUGCUUUUUUGCCCUUCCGCGUCACUUUAUACACAGAAAAUCUCUGCUAAACAUAGAAUCAAGAUGUUUCUGUCUCUCUGUAACCGCUGAUAACUUCAGAACGAAGUUAAAAGUUGCUAAUGUCUUUGCAAUUGUUACAAACAAGUGAAUAAUAAAAAGAUGCUUCAAAUAAAAACAGUGAUCACUGCAUUAAAAUAAAAAUACAGUAUAGGCUACAUAGGCCUAUGUAUUUGAAUGAUAUUGAACUCAAUUUCAUGUUCAAUCAAUUGAGUUCUAUUUGGUUAUUGUAGGCUACUAUCUUAAAUUGCCUCAAUAUAUUUAAUGUUGUGUAACAACGUGCGCAAUGAUGUGCCAAAUCUGUGAUUUAGUGCAUUAUUAUGGGGUAAGCAUUAGAAUAAGCCGCCUCAAUAUUUGCAGACAAAUAAUAUACACUGCUCAAAAAAUUUAAGGGAACACUAAAAUAACACAUCCUAGAUCUGAAUGAUUGAAAUAAUCUUAUUAAAUACUUUUUUCUUUACAUAGUUGAAUGUGCUGACAACAAAAUCACACAAAAAUUAUCAAUGGAAAUCAAAUGUAUCAACCCAUGGAGGUCUGGAUUUGGAGUCACUCAAAAUUAAAGUGGAAAACCACACUACAGGCUGAUCCAACUUUUGAUGUAAUGUCCUUAAAACAAGUCAAAAUGAGGCUCAGUAGUGUGUGUGGCCUCCACGUGCCUGUAUGACCUCCCUACAACGCCUGGGCAUGCUCCUGAUGAGGUGGCGGAUGGUCUCCUGAGGGAUCUCCUCCCAGACCUGGACUAAAGCAUCUGCCAACUCCUGGACAGUGUGUGGUGCAACAUGGCGUUGGUGGAUGGAGCGAGACAUGAUGUCCCAGAUGUGCUCAAUUGGAUUCAGGUCUGGGGAACGGGCGGGCCAGUCCAUAGCAUCAAUGCCUUCCUCUUGCAGGAACUGCUGACACACUCCAGCCACAUGAGGUCUAGCAUUGUCUUGCAUUAGGAGGAACCCAGGGCCAACCGCACCAGCAUAUGGUCUCACAAGGGGUCUGAGGAUCUCAUCUCGGUACCUAAUGGCAGUCAGGCUACCUCUGGCGAGCACAUGGAGGGCUGUGCGGCCCCCCAAAGAAAUGCCACCCCACACCAUGACUGACCCACCGCCAAACCGGUCAUGCUGGAGGAUGUUGCAGGCAGCAGAACGUUCUCCACGGCGUCUCCAGACUCUGUCACGUCUGUCACGUGCUCAGUGUGAACCUGCUUUCAUCUGUGAAGAGCACAGGGCGCCAUUGGCGAAUUUGCCAAUCUUGGUGUUCUCUGGCAAAUGCCAAACGUCCUGCACGGUGUUGGGCUGUAAGCACAACCCCCACCUGUGGACGUCGGGCCCUCAUACCACCCUCAUGGAGUCUGUUUCUGACCGUUUGAGCAGACACAUGCACAUUUGUGGCCUGCUGGAGGUCAUUUUGCAGGGCUCUGGCAGUGCUCCUCCUUGCACAAAGGCAGAGGUAGCGGUCCUGCUGCUGGGUUGUUGCCCUCCUAUGGCCUCCUCCACGUCUCCUGAUGUAUUGGCCUGUCUCCUGGUAGCGCCUCCAUGCUCUGGACACUACGCUGACAGACACAGCAAAACUUCUUGCCACAGCUCGCAUUGAUGUGCCAUCCUGGAUGAGCUGCACUACCUGAGCCACUUGUGUGGGUUGUAGACUCCGUUUCAUGCUACCACUAGAGUGAAAGAACCGCCAGCAUUCAAAAGUGACCAAAACAUCAGCCAGGAAGCAUAGGAACUGAGAAGUGGUCUGUGGUCACCACCUGCAGAACCACUCCUUUAUUGGGGGUGUCUUGCUAAUUGCCUAUAAUUUCCACCUGUUGUCUAUUCCAUUUGCACACCAGCAUGUGACAUUUAUUGUCAAUCAGUGUUGCUUCCUAAGUGGACAGUUUGAUUUCACAGAAGUGUGAUUGACUUGGAGUUACAUUGUGUUGUUUAAGUGUUCCCUUAAUUUUUUUGAGCAGUGUAUAUCUAGGAGCUGAUCCGUCGGUCAGAAUUGUGCAAUAAUUUUAAUGAGAUUUGAGUGUAGAAAGCUGAUCCGAGAGCAACGCUGCCUUUCUUUCGAUCCUAUCAGUAUCGACACAUGCUCCAAUUAAGCACUUAGUGAACAUUCUCUCUACGUGGUGUUUUGGGAAACGCAUGUGACAUCUUCGGCCGUUAUAGGAACGAUGCAUCGUUAAAACACUCGUAAGCUUAAGUUCCAUCGCUAUCGGGAAACCGGGUCCUGAUUUUGUUUGUGGUAUGGUCAGCUGAUUGACGGGGCGCUCUCUCGCCCCCUGCUGUCCCUUCCAGUCCCCUAACCACUCUCCCCAGGCCUCUGACUGCAGCAGCCGCCGUUCCUCUGUCUCCAGCACCACCUCCCAGAGCUCUGAGGCCAGGCCCGACUACGACAGGGUCCGCCACAAAGAGGUGAGCAGAGCACUCAGGACCCCUGGCCUAGGCAGGGUUGACCCUGACAAUGCCUAAGAGGAGUACCAUCCUCUUAAUUCAAUUAUUGAACGUUAGGGCAAAAUUUAGAUUUCUGCCUAAAAUGACAUAUCCAAAAGUAAUAUUUUCAUGAGAUGGCCAUAAACAAUAACUGGUAAUGCUGCAUAGUUUUAGAAAGGUCUGGGACUCACCUUUCUGGUAAGUGGUUAUAGAUUGCUUAGGUGUACUCACUUUUGAUGACACAAGUUCAAGAACAUAGUACAAAUAUGAGAAAUCAUACGAUUUUUUCCCUAUUCAACAAAAGUGGGGCAAUAGGGCUUAAAAUGACUGAAAUGCUUUCUAAAUAUAGUAACAAUCAAAUUAUAAACGACUUACUAUAAGAUUUCACAUUUUCUUAUAACUGUAAAAUAAAUAUGAUCAUACUUAGUGACAGUACAAUAUUGGCACCUUUUCAUAUAACCGACAACUUUUCUGCCAAACGUACUCUGAGCGAAGCAGACACCAUUCAAAUGUGUGCAGACUUGUUACAAAUUCUGCUUUAAGCACGAAGAGAUUUUGUGCAUCUCUGACGAAGAGAAGAUGUUCUUAUUUCAAUUCUUUGAAAUUAUUUUGUGUUUUUCCCUGUUGAGGGCUAUAAAUCCAUCUGUUGAAUCCGCUAGACUCUCCCGUUUCACAUGCAGCUACGAUGGUCACAGGUACAGGAAAUCGUUCCUUUGUCUGGAUAGGACAGAAAAUGUAACGUGUCGCUCCCUAUGCAAAUAUGUCUGGGAACCUCACAGCUGCGCUUGCAAUAGCGCAUAUGGAUCGAGACAACCACCACUUUUAGGGAGUGUAAAGCAAUGAAUGUUGCGUCGGUCACAGAGUGCACUGUACACAGAAAUAUCUGUCAGAACCAGUCCAGAACCGCUAAAUAGGGGACUUAACAUUUAGGGAAAAGGAAUAGGGAAGGAAGUGAAAUUAUAUGUAGUAUUUUUAUAUAUAUUGAGUGACGCUAAUAUUUGGAGCUUUCACACAAAGUUUUUGUGGGAUGACUAUCUGUAAUUUGUAAUCCAUGUUGGCAGUUUGUAAAGGCCCUGCGUUUACUGUCUUGUGUUCUAAUAGGCUGCCUCUCUCUGUUUCUCUCUGUUUGACUGACAGGUGGAGAAGUUGCUGCGUGCGGCAGCUGAUGGAGACAUAGAGAUGGUGCGGUACCUGUUGGAGUGGUUGGACGAGGAGCCAGAGGAGGAGGAUGCAGGGCUGCCCUCCUGGACUAAACUGUGCCACCCACUGUGCCAGUGUCCACACUGUGGGCCAUCACAGAAGGUCAGACAACAUCGCUACUGCAGGCUCCAUGCUCCAUAGCCCGACAAACACACUUACCAAAACUCUUUCUGAUGUACAGUGAGCAAACAAACAGCAAUCUUCACACAGGGCCUUAGACUGAAUUUUGUUCCUGCAGAGCUGUCCAGCUAACUUGAUGAUGUCUGUGCCUUUUAUGUCUGUAUUGGUGUGUGUGUGUGUGUGUGUGUGUGUGUGUAUGUGUGUGUUUGCCUCCAGAAGUUGGUGUGCCUGCAGGCCAGUGGUCUGGGUGUGAACAGCAGUAGUGUGGAUGGCUUCACUCCCCUCCACGUGGCGGCGCUCCAUGGUCACACGGCGCUGGUAUCCCUGCUCAGCCGCCACGGGGCCAACGUCAACGCACGCAACAGCCAGAGCGCCACUCCACUGCACCUGGCCAGCCAGAACAGCCACUUACAGGUGGGCACACAGUACUAUACUUUAGCUGCGUUUGAUUGAGCUUCCCUGGCUCAUCAGAAACCAUGGAAUAGUCCCAACCCCCCGUCCAUCUAGGGACUCCAGGCAGACUCGCCCAAAAGCUUGAAUUGUUUGAAACACACAGGUCUGCUGCAGAUUGACUCUUUUCAUCCUCGCUCAUACCUCGUUCUUCAGCCUCAGACAAUCUCUCAUUGGUUUUAUGUACAUGUGUUCAGGUAGUGACAUCACUGCUGGAGUGCAAUGCCAAGCUGAAUAAGAAGGAUCGCUAUGGCAACACCCCUCUGAUCCACGCCUGCCUCAGAGGUCACCUGGAUACAGCCACCAUCCUGCUGCAGGUGAACAGAACACUGACACUGCUUCCCCCUAGUGAUCAAACAGGCCAACACCAUCACACUGGAGAAAUAAACGGCCAAGUAAGGUCUUUAUAGCUGUCAGCAGUGGUAUAAAGUACUUUAGUAAAAAUACUUUAAAGUACUACUUAAGUAGUUUCUUUGGGUAUCUGUACUUUACUUUACUAUUUAUAUUUGAGACUACUAGUCAGACUACAAAUAAUUUACUUUUUACUCCAUACAUUUUCCCUGACACCCAAAAGUACUCGUUAAAUUUUGAAUGCUUAGCAGGACAGGAAAAUAGUCAAAUUCACACAAUUAUCAAGAGAACAUCCCUGGUCGCCCCUACUGCCUCUGAUCUGGCAGACUCACUAAACACGCAUGCUUCCUUUGUAAAUUAUGUCUGAGUGUUGGAGUGUUCCCCUGGCUUUCUGUAAAUUAAGAAAACAAGAACAUGGCGCCGUCUGGUUUGCUUAAUAUAUGGAAUUUGAAAUGAUUUGUACUUUUACUUUUGAUACCUAAGUAUAUUUUUGCAAUUACUUUUACUUAUGAUACUGAAGUAUAUUUAAAACCAAAUAAUUAAAGCAUACACACGAAAUAACAAAACAAUAAACGACUCGUGAAGUCCUCAGUGACAAUGACCGAACACGGAACAAAAACCCACAAACACAAAGUGAAACACAGACAGUUAAAUAUGGCUCCCAAUCAGAGACAACCAGCACACAGCUGACACUCGUUGCCUCUGAUUGGGAGUCACUCAGUCAAACAUAGAAAUAAACAACCAAGAACACCCAACAUAGAAACAGAACACAUAGAAUGAACACACCCUGGCUCAACAUAAUGAGUCCCAGAGCCAGGGUGUGACAGUACCCCCCCCCCUAAAGGCGCGGACUGCGACCGCGCCUAAAUACGAGCAAAACAGGGGAGGGCUGGGUGGGCAUUCCUCCUCGGCGGCGUCUCCGGCUCCGGGCUUGCCCACCACCCUCCAACAAACCCCCCAUAGCGCCCCUGGUCCGGUCUGGCCCCGCUGGCUGGAGCUGGACUGGACGUAGCAGGAGCGGUAGGCUUCAGCUCCUUAGUGGAGCAGUAGAGCGGUACCUGAAUUGGCACCGAUGACCCAGGCACGGGUUGUGCCGGACUGACGACUCGCACCCCUGGCUUGGUGCGAGUGGCAGGAACGGGCUGGACCAGGCUGACGACUCGCACCCCUGGCUUGGUGCGAGUGGCAGGAACAGGCCGGGCCGGGCUGGUGACGCGCACCGUAGGCUUGGUGCGUAGAGCAGGGACAGGCCGGGCUGGGCUGACAACGCACACCGUAGGCUUGGUGCGUGGAGCAGGGACAGGCCGGACAGGGCUGGCGACGCACACCGUAGGCUUGGUGCGUGGAGCAGGAACAGGCCGGGCAGGGCUGGCGACGCACACCGUAGGCUUGGUGCGUGGAGCAGGGACAGGCCGGACAGGGCUGGCGACGCACACCGUAGGCUUGGUGCGUGGAGCAGGAACAGGCCGGGCAGGGCUGGCGACGCACACCGUAGGCUUGGUGCGUGGAGCAGGGACAGGCCGGGCUGGGCUGUCGACGCACACCGUAGGUUUGGUGCGUGGAGCAGGGACAGGCCGGACAGGGCUGGCGACGCACACCGUAGGCUUGGUGCGUGGAGCAGGGACAGGCCGGACAGGGCUGGCGACGCACACCGUAGGCUUGGUGCGUGGAGCAGGGACAGGCCGGGCUGGGCUGGCGACGCACACCGUAGGUUUGGUGCGUGGAGCAGCAACUGGCCGGACUGGGCUGGCGACGCACACCGUAGGCUUGGUGCGUGGAGCAGGAACAGGCCGGGCUGGGCUGGCGACGCACACCGUAGGCUUGGUGCGUGGAGCAGGGACAGGCCGGGCCGGGCUGGCGACGCACCCCGUAGGCUUGGUGCGUGGAGCAGGGACAGGCCGGGCUGGGCUGGCGACGCACACCGUAGGCUUGGUGCGUGGAGCAGCAACUGGCCGGACUGGGCUGGCGACGCACACCGUAGGCUUGGUGCGUGGAGCAGGAACAGGCCGAACCGUACUGGGAACACACACCACUGGCCUUAAACGGGGAUCAGGAACGGGCCGGACCGGACUGGCAAUACACCUCAGUACCUCUCGCCGUGCCUCUACAACUUCCUUCCCUCCUCUCGCCAAUGGCUCCCGUAACCCGGUGGCCUUCUCUCCUCGUCUCCCAUUUCGCCCUGUGGCAGCCUCCUGCUGCCCAGUCGCCCAUGCCGUGUGCCCCCCCCUAAAAAAUUAUUGGGGGUGCCUCUCGUCCUUCCGACGAUGGCACUGCUGACGCCGCUGCUCCUCUCUUGCCAGGGCCUUAAUCCUACCCCAAGGUCCCUUGCCCCCGAGCAUGUCUUCCCAGGACCACGAUUUGCCCACCUGGGCCAUCGCCAGCCUCUCCAUCUCCUUUCCUGGCGCUUCCUCCCAUGUCCAGUCUGCCUGCUCCUGGACACGCUGCUUGGUCCUUUUACGGUGGGUUUUUCUGUCACGAACGUCGUAUGAAGGAGUGGACCAAAGCGCAGCGUUAGUUGCGAACAUACUUGCUUUAUUUAAUUAAAGCAUACACACGAAAUAACAAAACAAUAAACGACUCGUGAAGUUUAGACUUUUACUCAAGUAGUAUUUUACUGGAUGACUUUCACUUUUACUUGAGUCAUUUUUUAUUAAGGUAUCUUUUACUUUUACUCAAGUAUGACAAUUGGGUACUUUUUCCACCACUGGCUGUCAGUGACCAAGAAAUUGAAAAAAUGAUAGCAGAGCAAUCACAUGACAAAGACCAUGUUGCUCUAAACGUUGUAAACCAUACCACCUAAGCUUCAUUAAAAGGCCACCUAUUGUGAGUAGCAAAACAAUGUGUGAUCAGACGUUUCUAUAUUGUCUUCCUCCAGAGCAACGCCUCAGUGAACCUGUCCAACAACCAGGGGAACACGGCCCUGCACGAGGCUGUGAAAGGGGGUCACCUGACCCUGGUGGAGCUGUUACUGCAGGCUGGAGCCUUGGUCCACAUGAGGAACAAGAGACAGAGGACAGCACUGGACUGUGCCAUGGAGACCAGGGGAAAAGUGAGAAUCUAACGGCCACUGAGGGGUUAGAUCAGGGACAAGGUGACCACUUGUUAAACAGAAUUGUAAACAGAGUUGCACAAGAUUUACAGUAUGUGCAACUUUAUUUAUUUUUCUUAGAUUUGCUAACUUUCUGUUAGUCAGCACCUCACCAACUAUUUUGGGUAUGGGUCUACAUAUAAUUUUUUUCAGUAGCAGAUCUAAUCGAACAACCAUAGAGCUGGGGAAAAAUGAAUUCAUUAUGAAAUGGGUUUUUGUUUUGUUUUUCCACUUUCAGAACACUGAAAUCCUGAGGACUCUUCAGAAGGCAUCUGGACUCUCCCACAACGCUGAACCAAUCAAACUGCUCUCUGUGCCCAAGGGGGCUCCGGGUAAGAGAGUCAGUAUUGACAGCAGCCACUGUUUUUCCUUGACCACCUACCUGCUAGAGCAUGAAGGUACAGAGAUCUAUUACAAGUAACACACAGUGAAAAGUAUUCUCACCAACUUUGUCACCUAAUAAUUCAAACUAUGGCAAUAGUAGUAGCUUCGUCUUUUUGGGGACCAAUCUACUACUACUGCCAUAUUUUGAAUUAUUGGGGUUUGUUUUCCAACACCCAAUAAUUCAAACUAUGUUCCACUGUCCAUACCAUCAUACCACUUAGAAUGCAUGCCCAUGGUAUGCUGGUGUGGAUAUGGAACAGUUCUUCUUACUUCUUUCUCCCAAUCCCAGCACACUCAUUUGUCCAGCGGCAAAAGCAUCAGCAGGAUAAUGCCAGUGGAAGACGUCAGAAGCUGGCCCAGUCAAUAAACUGGUCAGUACCAUGGAAAAGAUUGUGUGCCCCCUUGUGGAAUAUGUAUGCUGUCCUUCAUAGUGAAGUUGAUGUCAAUAUCAAUCGGACUGCAGUUUGCAAAAAGAUCAGUUGAGACAAUGUGGAGUUUGUUUGUUUAGUUAGAUGUUCCUAAGUACACAAAGUCAACAAAGCCGAUCCAGAACAACUUUUGUCAUGGUUUACUCAUAAGUUUUAAUAAACAUACAUUUUAAGGAACUGUUAUGUUUCAGUGCAAUUCCCGAGCUUCAGUGCAAUUCUGAGCUUGUGGAUGUUGUUUGAUGUUUUUUUCAGGGUUCAGCAAAUCAAGAAAGGUCUUCCCAGGGACACCAGUGUGCCUUCCAUCAACUCCCCCACUCCUGAGAGGAGGAAGCUGAGGCGGGGGGAGACCCUGGAGAGCAGUGGGCCGUUCAGCAUCAGCUCCAGCCCAGAGGGAAGCCCCCAGCCUGGGGGCCAAAGGGACAGAGAAAGGGCCCUGAGCUGCAGUCACACCGUGGACACAGAGCACCCCCCGUCUCCUCAGUGGGGCCGGGACCGGAGACACACAGGAGAGGCCAAGGUUGAGGACACACACAUAGCCAAAGACCCUUCACACACAGACACUCCAGGUGAACCCUUGCAUACAUACGCACCUGACAUACACACACCUGACGUGUCAAAUACAUACACACCUGACAUCCCAUCAAAUACACACACAGCAGACGACCCCUCAAAUACACAACAAACACCCGGCAGCGACCCAUCACACACACACACACCACUCGAGGAUCCAUCACACACACCUAGCCAAGUCAAUGGAGACAAAGACAGAAACAGAGAGGAAAAAUAUGUCCACACCACAUCACACACAGAAGUAAAGUCUAAGAGGAACUGUCCAGAGACUGAGAGCCCACCCAAAGACAUGGAAGACCUGGUAGAAGACCUGGUAGAAGACCUGGUAGAAGAAAUAGAGAUACUCUGA